AUGCUAUUCCCCACGCCAGAGUCCUACGUUUCGGACGAGGCGCUCAGGAACCUUCGGUUCUACAAGUACUCUUCUAUUGACAUGUCGCCGGUUUCAAAGUACAUCCUGAAACCGUACUGGGAAUUCUGCACAACUCUGUUCCCUAUGUGGCUUGCACCCAACCUGAUCACCCUCCUCGGAUUCUUCUUCGUCCUCGCCAACGUCGGCAUCGCGCUGAUAUACACCCCCGAUCUAUCUUCCGCUGGGCCGUCCUGGAUUUACUUCAGUUUCGCCGCUGGAAUGUGGUUAUACUCCACCUUCGACAAUGUGGAUGGAAAGCAGGCGAGGCGGACGGGAAGCAGUUCGCCUUUGGGGGAGCUCUUUGACCAUGGUGUUGACUCUUUGAACUGCUCCUUCGGUGCCAUCGUGCAAGCCGCAGGUCUCGGAAUGGGCUUAGGCUGGCGAUGCAUGAUCAUGCAGCUGAUGGCAAUCACAACCUUUUACUUCUCCACCUGGGAAAACUACCACACUGGCUCCCUCUAUCUCGGCUACAUCAACGGCCCCACCGAAGGUCUCAUCAUCGCCUGCGGGUUGUUGGUCGCGAGCGGGAUCUGGGGACCGGGGAUCUGGUGGCAGGAGAUUGGAACAUCUGCACCGAUCUUGACGUGGUUUGCGCCAAGUGAUUGGCCGUUAGGUGAGGUUUGUCUUGCGGGCAUGUUGGCUAUGAUGCUUUUCACGCAGUUGCCUGUUAGCGUCUGGCGCGUUGCCCAAGUCUGCAAAGAGAAAAACACUUCCACCAGCAAAGCCAUGGGCCAACUCGUUCCGUACACCGCCUUCGUGCUCGCCAUGUGCCUGUGGUUCAACUCGGCGUUCUCGACUAUCAACGGCACGCAUACCGUGGCGUUUGUGAUUGCUACUGGGUUGGUUUUUGGGAGGAUCGCGACGGCAAUUAUCCUCGCCCACGUAACCCACUCCUCCUACCCAACCUUCUGGAAACUCAUGAUCCCUGUCUUCAUCGGCGCCGGGUUGACCAACUUGCCUUACCUCCUCAACAGCACUGCGAUCCUGCCACCCGCCCUAGAAAUCGCCUACCUGUACCUAUUCCUCGCCUACGCAGCAACCUCGUACCUCCACUGGGCGACCGCGGUGAUUGACCGGUUCUGUAGCCAUUUGGGAAUCCAGUGUUUGCGGAUUGCUUAUCGGCCGAUUAUGGCUAGGCCUUGA